CCGGUCGUCACAUUGCUUGCGACAGAAGACCUUGAGCACGUUUGUUGUCAAAAUCUGAAUGAUAAAAAUAAACGCAUCUUAUGUAGAAAUAUUAGUGAGUUACAAACAUGGCAAGACGGUUAAUUUAUCCUAUUUACCAGUUAGGUAACCCUCAGCUGAGGAUAUUCCGACCCACCUUUGGCAUGACGCUGGUCAGACCAGGGAAACCCCAGCCACCUGACACUGUGCAGUUUCGCAUCUCAAUGGAAAUGACCAAAUUUGAUGUGAAGAACUACCUGGAGAAGAUUUACAAUGUUCCUGUUGCCACAGUGCGCACAAGGAUUCAGUAUUGUACAAACAAGAAAAGGAACCACUUAAACCAGCGAGUGAAGAGGCCAGAUUACAAAGUGGCAUACGUUCAACUGAGUCAGCAGCAGACGUUCCAGUUUCCAGAUAUCUUUCCGGAGAAGGAAAAACAGCAUGACGAAGGCUCCGUUGAGGCGAUGCAGGAGAAGUUCAUGGAAGAUGAGCGACAGAGGCAGAAACCAGACCCUAGGAGAGGGGGAGUCACCGAAUGGUUUGGCCUCUAAAGACACACCGCGUAAGGCGUGAGAACUAUUGUAAGAUGUUUCUGUUGUAUUGCUGGGUCGUUUGCCGCGAUAUCGCCUGAACUCAGCCCUCCUUAGACACAGUACGUUCUGUGCUGUCUUUAAGCCUGCCUGAACUCACAACGUGUCCCAAAAGCCUUGUAUAUUAUCAACCUCGGGUCUGCUCUGCUGUUAUCCAAUGCAGAGACGAUGUAAACCUGAAGCAGCUCACAGCGACUUCAUCAUGGGUUCAAGUUCCUCAAAAAGAAUUGUCACAGUUCAUGUCUGAUUAUGUCUUUUGAAUACAGACCACAGCAUUCACAGAGGACUGGUUAAAAUGAUGGCUAUAUCGCAAAUGUUCCAAGGCUUCAAAAAUUUAUAAACGUUUGUGAUUGCAUUUUCCAUUAAAGACUCUCUAUAUGAAUGGCUUAAUUCUUUAAUCUCUCUAAAGAUUUCUGACUUUUCUGAAAAGUUUGUUUCCAUAAAUUAUUGUCUAACUGCAUGCUUUAAAAUGUAUCUACCAUAUAAAGAAUUCAACCAGCAGAAAAGGGAAUACUGUACAUUAAAGGGGAAGGACAUUGGACUAUGAAAGACCCAUUUGCUUAAUUUGCGUCAACUUCAUCUAUGACCUGUGAAUCCAUUACCACAGUCGUGUAAGUCCAUAGAAAACAUGUAGUCUAAUUAGCCUGCUAAUUAUUAAUUAAUGAUUACAUUAGACUACUGCCUGCUAUAGCACACAUCUGGAAAGAAAAUCCCUAGCUAAACACUGACAUAUGCAAGGGUUUAGUGCUAAAGUUUUGUUUGUUCUCUUGUUAGCAAUGUUGGCAACUCGGACUCAUUGAUCAAUAAAAUCAGUUCCAUCAGUAUUCGUCUACAAACUGGCCCAGACUGUUCUCCGCAAAUAUCGAUGAGAACAGUGUCUUCCUGCUGUCAUUCUUCACUACAGAUGUCUUGGGUAACCCCGUGCCAGUUCUCAUACCAGAAGUACUGACUUCACCCUGCCAUCCUGUUGAUCACCAAGGAGAAUGUCAAUAUUGAUAGUGUUUGUCCACUGUUUUUCUGCUGGGAAGCGAGUACCCCCUGUAUUGCUAUAAAGCAAUUUGAUUGUAGAAAAAAAAAUCUUAAGACAACAGCUGGACAGCAGAGAGAACUCUGUCGAGAUGAGAACCAGAUUCCUGACCAGUGUUUUCAUCGUCUGAAGAAACCCCACGUGAAAGUUGGGAAAUUUUGCACAGCAUUUGCCAAGCCCCCGCUCUGCUUUUGCCCAUCUCUAAUAAAAACCUGGACGCACAGUUAAGUUCACAUAAGUGCUGAUUAUGCAUGUAGUUUUUUUUUUCUUUUCUUUGAUCACAUACCAGAGUUCGUGGCAUGUAUAAACUGAACUGAACAUUGAUGGGAAUGUUAUCCAGUAACUGGAGUUUAAACUCACUGAACCAAUGAUCUUUAAACAGAAUAGAAAAUCCAACACCAUUCGAUUCAUAUAAACCCUGUAGAGUCCAUUGUGCAUAAACUUGGGUAAAAUAUUUAAAAAACAAAAGUCAGUUUCAAGCCUGAAUGUAUGUAUGACUGAGCAGAGCCUCAGAGUUGGGAGGGUAAUAUCAUACUGAUAUUAUUAUAA